GACGCCAGACGUCGCGCCGCGACGAAAUGCGCCUGCGCGGCGCUGUUUGAUGCGCUCACAUCCUCACUGGCGCGCCAAGCGAGCUGGGGCGGUGUAUCUGAGCCGGCGCGGUGAUGCGGUAGCGGCGGUUGGAGCUGGAGUAGGAGGAGAUCGGUGGCGGGAGCCUGGGGAGGAUGAGCCAGCAGGGAGCGGCGCUUCAGAACUACAACAACGAGCUGGUCAAGUGCAUCGAAGAGCUGUGCCAGAAGCGGGAGGAGCUGUGCCGGCAGAUCCAGCAGGAGGAGGAUGAGAAGCAGAGGCUGCAGGGCGAGGUGCGGCAGCUGACGGAGAAGCUGGCCCGGGUCAACGAGAACCUGGCCCGCAAGAUCGCCUCCAGGAACGAGUUUGAUCGAACUAUCGCCGAGACCGAAGCCGCUUACCUUAAGAUUCUGGAAAGUUCCCAGACACUGCUCAAUGUCCUGAAGCGAGAAGCAGGGAAUCUGAGCAAGGCUGCAGCCCAGGAGCAGAAGAGUGCUGCGGGCAAGGACUGAUGAACUGGGGUUUGCCUAGCACUACCUUAUGUAGGCCUGCAGGUGACAUCCUUGAUAGGGAACCUGUUAAUAAAAUAUCAUGUUUUUCAUAGCCACUGCAUUUCCCUUCUCUUGCUGUUUCAGGCAUGUGAGAAGAACUUAGCUCCUCAGCACUUCAUGGGUAUUCACUGUUUAAUUUAACACGUCUUAAAGAGGUAAUAACAGCCCAAUCACUUUGAGGUAAGGGUGAGUAAUACUGUGCACAUUUCCUUGCCUUCCAGGCAGAAGGAAACAUGGGGAAGAGGGAAACAUGGAGUGUUCCAGAGGCACUUUUGCCUGAGAGUUGUCACUGCUGUCCUGGAUCAGCCUUCAGGAUAUUUCUUUCCAGGCCAUGUGCUUCCAUCAAAGGAGGUGGCCAGGCAAAGCCAGUAAUAGUGGGAAUGAGUGGGCAAAAACCCUCAUCAGGGACAUGAGCCUUAAUAUACAUGUAGUCACUAUAUUGCAGUUUUAUGUGUGAAUAAAGAUUUCCUUAUGACUUUUUAUCUCUGAGCCUACUGCCUGUGUCAUGGGGGGUGGGGGUAGACUUUUUUUUAACCAAGCGCCAGAAGUCUUUGUUCAUUGUUAACAGUCAGGGCCCAACAAUCCACCCAGAUGGCUUCCUACCCCACCCCCACUCUACCAAGGAAAUUGAGUCUCAGGAGUAGAGGAGGUAUGAAGAGCUGGAGAUAUAGACACAAGAGGACCUGGUUUGGCCACUUGACCAAGAGACCAAGACACUUACGUGAGCAGAGGCCUUAGAAGCAAAGGACUAAACUUUGUUCAGUUCUUUCUAUGUGUUUAUUAAAUACUAAGAACAAAGAAGGUCUUGUGUGACUAUAUAGCUAAUCUAUAUUUUAACAUGCUUUCAAUCUCAUUUCACAUUAUUGCUUUUUAUGUCCUGUAUACCAAUCAAAUGACCUCCUUUCUAUACGUUUUUAUUUCCUACCUCUGUGCUUGCAUAAGUGGUUUCCCACAUUUUGAUAACACCUCCUUAGAGUCCUUGUUUUCCAUAUAACAAACAGCUCAUAUGUUGCUGCUUAGGUUUUUUUCUGACAUCUUGACCUAUUGGCACAUUUUCAUUGAAAUUACUUUGUAUAUAAAUAAGUGAUUUAUUUGAGUACAUGUGUAAGUUCUUUGAAAGCAGAAACUCAAAAUAUUUAGCUAUUUUCCCCAGUGCCUAACUUAGUUCCUUAUAAGUUAACAUUUAAUAAAGUUUAUUGAAAUGAAAUACUGCAACAGUUUUCUCUCCUAUUCAUGUUUAUUCUAAUUUCCACCAAAAAGAUGUCAUCAUUUUCCUUCAGAGGCAAAUUUUAGUCUUUUUAACCUUGUAACCAUCCAGAUUAAUAAUGGCUUCCCCAUCGAAUUAAAAUCCAAGUAAAUAUUGAAUGUGUUUUGGAUGCUGUCUUGAUGUGAAUUUGUUUAUGGAAAAAUUAUUAAACUAAUGAUAUUAAAGUAUGUCUUAGAUCUAA